GGGGACACGGGACCAGGGACACGGGACCCUGCCCGGACCUGAACCUCCUCCUGCUUCUGGAUUUGCUCGUGCGGGAGCUGGAGGGGCGGGGAGCGCAGCGUGGGAGCCGUGCCCGCUGGUUUAGCCCCCGCCCGGCUCCGUGCUCCGCAUGGGAAUGGAUCUGGGAGCGCUGCCUCGCUGACCUCUUGGCUUGCAGCUGGAACCAUCAAGGGGGGAAAAUGAAACAGGAGUUUUAGACUUUGCGGACUCAUUAUGGAAGACUCAGAAGGACAUCACUUCAGCUCAGUAGAAGAGGAAACCAGAUACUGGAAGGAGUUGGCUAUGAAAUACAAGCAGUGUGCUGAGAACACACAGGAGGAAUUGCGUGAAUUCCAAGAGGGGAGCCGAGAGUAUGAAGCUGAACUGGAGACUCAGCUGCAGCAAACAGAGUCCAGGAACAGAGACCUUCUGUCAGAAAACAACCGGCUGCGGAUGGAGCUGGAGUCAGUGAAGGAAAAGAUUGAAAUGCAGCAUUCAGAAGGAUACAGACAAAUCUCUGCGCUGGAAGAUGACUUGGCACAGACAAGAGCUAUUAAAGAGCAGCUUCAGAAAUACAUCCGAGAACUUGAGCAAGAAAAUGAUGAUUUGGAAAGAGCAAAAAGAGCCACUAUAAUGUCCCUGGAGGACUUCGAACAGCGUUUAAACCAGGCUAUUGAAAGAAAUGCUUUCCUGGAGAGUGAGCUGGAUGAGAAAGAAAACCUUCUGGAGUCUGUGCAGCGGCUGAAAGAUGAAGCUAGAGAUCUACGACAAGAGCUUGCAGUGCAGCAGAAACAGGAGAAACCCAAAACACCGAUGAGAGCUCCCCUGGAAGCAGAAAGAACAGACACUGCAGUUCAGGCCUCCUUAUCUGUGCCCUCAACUCCCGCAAUGCGCCGGACACCCAUCAGCAUACCCACCCCUGGGACGUUUAGGAGAGGUCUUGAGGACAGUUAUGGUGCAACCCCUCUCACACCAGCUGCAAGGAUAUCUGCACUUAAUAUUGUGGGAGACUUGCUGCGAAAAGUAGGGGCUUUGGAGUCCAAGCUUGCAUCUUGCCGAAACUUUGUGUAUGACCAGUCUCCAAACAGACCUUCAGUGUCCAUGUACAUGAACAGAGAUGUCCUUGAAACACGCCUUAGUCCUCAUCAGCCUCUGUGUGAUACAGGGUUGGUGAAACGCCUGGAGUUUGGAACACGGCCUCCACAUGUCCCAGGACCUGUGAACCAUCCCUCACAAAGUGUUGUCAAGAUGCUGCUAUGAAGAGCCUGUCUGGCUUUGGGAAAGGAGAAGAAAUGUGUAUUUCAGACUUUAGUUUUAAAGAGAAUAUCAAUGAGCAAACAGACAGCAGUGUCAGGGUAGGUGAGAACUGAACAAGAAGUCACAAUUGGCAGUGGCUUCCAGUAUAGCCUCUGGGCAAGUUCUGUGGGUGACAAAGUGUGACAAAGCAAUGCUGACUGUGGCAGUGCAGGGCUGGGAAUUGCUUCUCGCAUCAGCUACUGUAAAUAGCUCCUUGAAAGUCACUUCUUUUGGCACUGCCAAAACCACUGUCCUGCCUCCAACACAGCAAUAAUCACUAUGCAGCUCCUCAGGCUUUGUUUUGGUGUUAAUACACCACCAGUUCUGGCUGGAACUCUGCUUUCUACCAUGGGUGUUGUGUGCUGCAGUCACCCAAAUUAAGGGACUGUUUUUAUGUGGAGAGGGGUGUAUUUCUGCAGGGAAGCUGCUGAGCUCCUUGUGGGAUGUUUGCUGACCAGAAUGUUGCUGCACAAAAACUUGCCUCUGUAGUGGCAAUAUGUUUCUGUAAGCAAUGAUUUCUCAUUCAGAACAGGUCAUGGUUAAAGGUGAGAUGUGUCUAGUGCUGAGAGUGCUCAGGAGAUCUCAGAGCUAAUAGCAUGAAGACAUCAUCUUUUUUAUUUAUUCUUAUUUUUCUAAUUCUUAGGGUUUUUUUUAAACCCCAUAGUGGCUCAUAAAGCCUGGUGGUUGUAGGAGGCCAAACCUGAUCAAGGUUCUAGUUCUAACAUCUUGAUAGGUGGGUUUUACUGCUUUACAAACCUCCCUUCACUAAGGUGCCUUGGGUGUUAGUGAUUUUUUUAUUGCUUUAUUUUUCUAUAUAUCAGCUAUCAUUAAUUUAGAAAUGCUUUUUUAACCCGAAAAGCCCUUUAUGCUAGAGAAGUGUAUAUGAGUAGUGUUAAAAAUGACAAUAUAAUAUUUGCUUUUGCAUUUAUAUAUUAGCUUUUACAUGUUGUUAUUGAUGAUUAUUUAGAUAUGGUACAGUUUGUAACUCCUUUUAGCAGCUCAUGAGUAUAACACAAUCUAUUAGUAGAAACACUGGUGUGAUGAAUGUAUUGUAUCAUAGGCCUUAGCAAAACAGGAAAUGUUAAAAUGCUCCUGUGUUACUAAGGGAACGGUGUAAGGCAAUUACACUGUUCCCCCCACAUCUGCUGACUGACCUCUCCAAGUGGUAAGGUCACAGUGACUCAAACCAGAGCACAGGAGAAGAACUGGAGAAGAGCUUGUUACCUCCUUUUCAGGGAGUGUGAAACAACAGGAUGGAAACACAAGAAGAAAUAAAAUAUAUGGACUUAACCUACAGGAUGUCAUGCAGAUAAGAUGAUGUGUAAAAUCAAACAAAAGAGUUCCUGAAGCAUCAAAAAGCUCACAAGAAUGUUUGAAUAAUAAAACACAUGAAUAUGCAGGUACCUCAGUAAUGUAACAGUAUCUAGAUAACACUGUCUUAAUCUACCAGUGUGUUCUUCAUCCAAUAGCCAAAAAUACUCCAGUGUUAGACAUUGUCUCUUUUUAUUCCCUUGUUAAACUUUUAAAAAUUCUAAAGAGUGAACCUUGUUUUUCACAAGUAGAGAAUUAUUUUUAAAUAAUUUUCCACCUGUAGAAUAUUACUGCAUUUGUUUUUUAAAUGGAAUAGAUUCAUUCCCAGUGUUAAUGUAUGCAUAAUGUAUGUUAUGGAAGCCUCUACUUGCAAAACUAAUCAUGACUAAACAAUUGUUUGGUUUGGUUUGGUUUGGGGUUUUUUUUUGGUUUUUUUUGUGGCAGGGGACAGGGAGAGCUUACUUGUCAAAAGAAUACAUAAAUGGAUUUAAUGCUUUUUUUGUUUGUUUGCUUGUUUUUUUUUUAAGGAAGUGCUGUGAAAACAGCCACUGAAGUGUCUAUUUCUCUAGAAUAUGUAACCACAGGUGAUUUCCAUUUCUCAGUUCACCUAUGAAGUUGGUUUAACUGGGGAGCAGAAUAAAGCUUAUUUUGAAUGCCA